CAUUUCGCUAGUAAUGGUAAACGGCGUAGAGGAACUUUGGGCGGAAGUGACGACAGAACCGCCGAAAGUUUAAAUUUGACAACGGAAAACGGCGGCGAAGGCAGGAGCUAUAAUGGAGAACACUUUUCCAAUAUACAAGGUGGAUGCCAUUGUGCAGUUUUUUCGAACUGAAGUCUUAACAGGUCAAGAGGCGAAACAUUUUGUGAAAGGCGAUGUCACUCCAAAUCCAAAGGCAGAUGCCAUCCAGAAACUCUACAUGAGAAUCUUGCAGCUUGUAUAUCGCUUCAGGCCUGAGUGCCAUUACCUGGCACCUCUCUCAGAAAAUCUCCAAUACCCGAUGCUCCACGAGUGGUCCACACCAGUCUUGAGUCUCUAUGUAUGCAUGUGCCAGUUUUUACCCGUCUGCCAUGUAUAUGACUUUUCCCUGAAUGACCUGCUCAAUCCUAAGCCCAAAAGAACAAUUACUAUUUUGAGUGGAAUCCAGAACUUCCUGCAUUUUAGGAAACAAAGGUUGGAAAUAAUUGCAGGCCAUCAGCAGGCUUUUCGGGCAGAUAUGGAUAAACUUCAGUCAUUCACAAAAGGCAUUAAAGAGGCUGAGAAAAAAAUGGAGAAACUGAUGACAAUCCCACCAGAGCAGCAAGCAGAGGCUAAAGAACUGGCUGCAGCCCUCACAGAAGUAAAAAAUGCUACCAUGCAGGAAACCCAGGAAGUGAAUUCUCUUAAUGAACAGGUCGCGGAGUGCAAACGAGUAAUUGCAGAACGGUCACAAAAACUGAGCCAGAGGAAGCUUGAUGUGGCCACUCACAAAGACGAAAUAGCCAAACUCAAGUCUCAAAUUGUUGAGUCUCCUGAGGAGCUAAAGAAUGAGAUGGAGAAGAUGAAGGAGAGCAUAAAGAACAUCAAGAUCUCAAAAGAGUUGGCAGAUGAGAAUCUGGUGGAUCUGCAGAUCAAGGUGCAGUGUGCUAGCCAAGGUGAAGCAGAAAUUCAAGUAAUUCUGAAACAGUUGCAGGACCUGCAGGCCAGCAUGUGCAAGACUAACCAGCAAAAGGAAGAGGUCCAAAAUCUGGUGGCUCUGUAUGAGUCACUGCAGAAAGAGCUAAAGGGUCUGAGCAAUGAAGAGGGCCAGCUAAAGAGAGCUCUGGCCAUGAAACAAGACAAACUGUCCAAGCAGCAAAUUCGCCACCAGAAAAAGAAAGAGCUAAAGGACCAGCACGUCCAAAAUGUACUUGGGCAAUACGAUAAAGUUCAUGAAAAACGUGAGGAAAUCGUGGAUCGGAUAAAAAACAUCACCAGAGAGACCACACAGUUCAAGGCCAAAAUGCAGAAGCUUCGUGAUACCUGCAACCAGAACACUGAAAAGGCUCAGGCCAUCUAUGACCGGCUGCUUACAACGUUGGAGCAGUUUCACAAACGUCUUGAAAAUCUAGUGAUGGAGGGCAGUGCUGACAUCAUGAAGAUGAAAACAAAUUUCUGAACUACUUUUGGCAAAUAUUGUUUCCCCUUUACAUUUGCCCUUUACUUUCUUUACUCCAUUGUAGUCCUUUAUCUUUUUACUUUGUGCAAAUAUGUUUGUGUUCUAUAUAAAUGUUCCUGUUUUGUCAGAAAUAUAAUGAAAUAAACUGUUACCUUUUGGUAACUUUUUGGUACCCAA